CCUGUUCUCUGAGCGACUACGGGUGAAUAAAGCUCUCUGCGCAUCCAGCCACACACAGCAGGCACCAUGGACGAGGCAGAAUGCAUCCGUUACAACAGUGCGAUUCAGCAGCUUCGCACUAGAGAGUAUCCCAUGUUACAAGAUACAACGUACCUCGACCAUGCAGGAACUACGCUCUACUCCAAAUCGCUCAUGGAGCGCUUUUCUGCCGACAUGGUCGCGAACCUAUACGGCAACCCACACUCGGCCUCCAACGCCUCCCAAUUGACGACGCGCCGAAUCGAGGAUGUACGACUACGCCUCUUACAGAUGUUCAACGCCGACCCCGCCGAGUUUGACGUGGUCUUUGUUGCCAACGCCACGGCCGGAAUCAAGUUGGUGGCGGAGGCAUUUCGCGAUCAAGACGGGGGCUUCUGGUAUGGCUACCACCGCGAUGCGCAUACGAGCCUGAUUGGCGUGCGCGAGGUAGCGGCCACGCACAGAUGCUUUACUACCGACGGCGAAGUCAACGCAUGGAUCGACAGUGACGAAAAUGGAUCGGGCUCUACACAGCUAUUCGCAUACCCAGCACAAUCCAACAUGAACGGGCGCCGCCUACCGCUGGGCUGGUCACGCCGGAUUCGUGCCAACAAGCAGAAUGCCGUGUAUACCCUGUUGGACGCUGCAGCGUUGGUCUCAACAUCGCCACUCAACCUCGGGAAUCCUGACGAGGCCCCCGACUUUACGGUAUUGAGCCUGUACAAGAUAUUCGGCUUUCCCGAUCUUGGCGCAUUGAUUGUCAGGCAAGCGUCAGCAUCCAUGUUUGAUAAACGCCGCUACUUUGGUGGCGGCACCGUCGACAUGGUUGUAUGUCUCAAGGAACAGUGGCACGCAAAAAAGGCAGAUUCGCUCCACGAAAGACUAGAGGACGGCACUUUGCCUAUACAUAGCAUCAUGGCGCUUGACAGUGCAAUGACCGUCCACCAGGAACUAUACACCUCGUUGGAGAGAGUCUCGUGGCACACCACCUUCCUCGUGCAGAGGCUAUACGAAGGGCUCUUGUCGUUACGGCACGGGAAUGGUCAUGAGGUCUGCCACGUCUACAAGGACCCGGCCUCCACAUACGGAGACUCGCUUACUCAAGGCCCAAUUGUUGCUUUCAACCUGUGCAAUCCAUUUGGUGGCUGGGUGAGCAAUGCAGAAGUGGAGAAACUGGCUGCCAUUAAGAAUAUCCAUCUCCGAACGGGCGGGCUCUGCAACCCGGGCGGAGUUGCGUCGUCACUUGGGUUGGCACCGUGGGAAAUGCGUGACAACUUUUCGGCAGGGCAACGGUGCGGCAACGAUAACGACAUUAUCCAUGCGAAGCCAACUGGCAUCAUACGUGUCAGUGUCGGAGCCAUGAGCACCCUAUCAGACGUCGAGUACUUUGUUGCAUUCGUGCGCGAGUUUUUCGUACAGGAUAGCCCUCCGUUGGACGCAUCUCCAAUGACAGUUGUUGAGGUUGAGCCACCAACGCAAAGCCGCCUACAUGUGGAGAGUCUGUCGGUGUAUCCUAUCAAAAGCUGUGCAGGAUUCAGCGUACCGCCGGGGACUGCGUGGGAAGUGCGGCCAGAGGGCCUUGUGUGGGAUCGUGAGUGGUGUCUUGUCCAUCAAGGAACGGGAGCCGCGCUGAGCCAGAAGCGCUACCCAAAGAUGGCCCUCAUACGUCCGAGUAUUGAUGUCGAAAAGGGCGUGCUACGGGUGAAGUUGGCGGGCGUGUUACAGGAGACGACUACUACGCACGAGAUUACGGUUCCCCUUUCGGCUGAUCCCCGCCUGUUUGCAGAAGAUGCCAUGUACAAAGACGCCAGCGCCAAAGUAUGCGGCGAUGCCAUCAAAGCCAAGACGUACCGGUCAAGCGAUAUAUCAGACUUUUUUACACAGGCUCUUGGGGUAGCGUGUCAUUUGGCGCGCUUCCCAGCCGUUGGCAAUGGCAGCGGCGUAUCGAGGCACUCGAAGGCGCAUCUACAAAAAUACCCCAAAACGGGCGCUAUGCGAGUGCCCGGCGCCUUCCCAGAAACGGCGGCCAUGAUGGCUGGCGCGUGCGUCUCGAAGCCGAUUCUGCUGGCGAAUGAGAGCCCUAUCCUCACUAUAUCACGAGCAAGCCUCAACCGUCUGAACGAAAUGAUCAAGGCGGAGGGCGGCAAGGCCGCACAAGCAGAGGUAUUCCGAGCCAACAUUGUGGUUGCAGAGCAUCCAGCGUACCCGCCUGGGCUGGAGGAGCCUUAUGCGGAGGACGAGUGGCGCUACGUGCAGAUUGGCCAGCAGUUCUUUGAGAUGCUGGGAGGGUGUCGGAGGUGCCAGAUGGUUUGCAUCGACCAGCAAACGGGCGAACGAAACCAGGAGCCGUUUGUAACACUGUCCAAAACACGGCGAUUCGAGGGGCGUGUGUACUUUGGGGAGCACACAUGCCAUGUGUCGUCACUGUCGACGCAGAACCCCACCAUCACGGUCGGCGACGCCGUUAGGCCGAUUAGGGAUGGCGAGGUGGACGAGAAUAGCGUACUGCGGGCGCUGGUGGGUUAGGCCCAAGCACAAGAGCCAAGUGCGAGUCUCUGCGCUCGUUGGAGGGCGGCACGUCGGGAUGGAACCUUGUAGUCAGUGGGCAGAGGCUUGUGCUGGGAGUCUUGGGGAAAUGCGAUCGGGGCCUUUGGGCGUGGCUUCAUCUUGCAUAUGGCUCGGGCAGGUCAUUGGCCGGCUGUGUCGAGAGGGUGUAACAGAGGCAAGAUGGGCGGAUCGCCCAAUGCUCGGGCAUGAAGCAGGCAGAAGUGGGUUGGGCCGCGUGAUAGGCACGGGGGAGUCAGCAGAAGGGACGAGUGUAAGCGCUGGUCGCCCUGUUUCAACGGCGAAGCAGAGUCAGGUGUUGCGGGCGUGGAAUAGGGCAGAGGCAAGGUAUCCUCAGAUGGAAGCGCGCGCGCAUGGCCGGGG